UUUUUAUUUUAUUUUAUUCUAUUUUUCGUAUGAUUUAAUUAUAAUAUGGGAGUUUUGUUGCUCUUGUUAUUUGAUUAUAUGAGUAUAAGAAUUGACUAAUUUAGCAUGUUUAUAGGACGAGGAAGCGAAUGUGGUUCAAUUUUGUUGUUAUUUAAUGCCAUUAUUGAUUACUUUUCCGCUCUCUUUUAAUCGCAACGGGGGAUGCAUAUUAUUUGUGGGAAGGGACCCAUGUGUUGAAGAGAGAUUGAGAUAAUCAUUGGCCAAAUAAAGUAUUGUUAACUUUCCAUAAAGAAGUGCGUUGUGAUUAAAAAAAAUGGGAGGAAGUAUUUGCUUUUGUAGGGAUGUGAUUUUUUUUAUUGGAUUUUGACAUAAUGUAUUGUAUGCUCCUGCCUUUUGUACCACAUGAUUAUUGUUGGGUAUGAUCAACAAAUGUAUAGGAAUGUAGGUUGUCUUGUUGUAUCUGGACAAUAUGAAAGUGUUUUAUGUGAAUCCUUUAGGCUGUGCUUUCAUGGGAUAAACUUUUCUAGUUUUUUGAAUGUGUUUCCUAAUUUGGUGUUUUGGGCAUCGUCGAUCUUAGUUUAUGGUUGAUUCUUCAAUUGAGUCAAUUUUUUGACAGUAGUAUGGCUUGAACAGAUUAAUUAUGUGGAUUGAGUGACUGAUAUAUUUAUCCAACAAGAGCAGCUAGCGCUGCAAUUUAUUAUGGUUCUUAAAAACUACUUGGGGAAGUUUAGAUCCUAUUCUGUCAAUCUAUGCUAAGAUUAUCGAAUGAGCGGGGUUUGUGAUGGCAUAGAUUAUUUUAAAGUUUAUUUCUUGCACGCUUAUUCAUUAACACCUGGCCUUGAUUAUGUCUAUUGAGUAAGAUGUGUCUAGAGGCGUAAACAAGAGUUUUAUUGCAGUGGUUGGUGAAAUGAAGUUUGAAUUUCUUAGCCCUGAUAACGUGCACAAUUAAUUAGGGAAACUAUGAUAUCUUGUUGGACAAUAGUGGCUGUUAAGGUACUGAGUUGUUGACUGUAGGCUUGCUUUGGUUACUUUAGGAGUACGUAGUAGUGUUAACAUUAAUAUUGGGGACAUGGAGAGGUUGUUAGAAGUAUAAUUUAGUGGGUCAUGUAUCUACCAUAAAUAAGGGAAAUAGUGUAAGUUUUCAAUAUUAAAAAAGGGUAAGGAAUAUAUAUUUAAUUUGAAAACACCUUGAUUUAAGUAUUAAGAAAUGCCUUGUUUUACGUGCUUCAUUUGUGAGCCGCAAUUAAUGGUUUUGGGUAUCAUUUUGGCUCUUAUUGCCAACAUUUGUGUCGAAAUUGGUAAAAAAAAAUAUUGAAUUGCAUAUAAGAAAAAUGCUUCUAAGUGAGGUGUAACAAAAUUGCAAAAAAAAAAAAAAAGUAGUUCAAUUUGCGUGCAAGAAAAUGCCAAUGUUUGUGAGAUGCAAACGUGUAGUAGUUGGUGGGGGCAGGUAUUCUUUCCAUAUGUCAUAGACUCAUAGCAUCAUACAAAUUAAACAAAUCACUUAAAGAAAAUAAAAACUAACUAAUCACAAAACAAUCCCUCCAUUUUUUCCUUCAAAGUUCAAGUUCAAACCCAUAAAAAAUGGCGGCAGAAACCCACCUCUCAACCCCACCACCAUACGACAUCAUCAUCCUCGGUGCGUCAGGCUUCACUGGCAAAUACGUCCUCAAAGAAUCCCUCAAAUUCCUCAACUCUUCUUCUUCUUCUUCCCCUCUCAAAUCCCUCGCAAUCGCAAGUCGAAACCCCACAAAACUAGCUCAAUCUCUUUCAUGGGCAUCCCACCCAAACCCACCUCCCAACAUCACAAUCCUCACUGCACAUACUUUGAACUUCGAUUCGCUCCUUCACAUCGCUUCCUUAACUAAACUCAUCCUAAAUUGUGUAGGACCCUUCCGCCUUCAUGGCGAUCCAGUGGUUCGAGCUUGCCUCGAGACUCGCACCGAUUACUUGGACAUUUGUGGGGAACCUGAGUUUAUGGAGAAGAUGGAGGUUCAAUAUCAUGAUCAGGCGUUUGAUAAGGGUUGUUUGGUGGUUUCUGCUUGUGGGUUUGAUUCGGUUCCGGCUGAAUUGGGGUUGUUGUUUAAUUCUCGCCAAUGGGUUUCACCUUCGGCGCCGAAUACUGUUGAGGCUUACUUGAGCUUGGAGAGUGAUAAAAGGAUUGUGGGUAAUUUUGCUACUUAUGAGUCUGCUGUUCUUGGUGUUGCUAAUGCUGAUUCUCUUAGACUGUUGAGGCGGUCUCGUCCCAAGAAGGCUCGUCCUCAGAUUACAGGUCCUCCUCCUAGAGGAUCGACAAUUGAACAACAAAAAGAGGUUGGCCUUUGGGCUGUGAGGCUACCUUCAGCAGAUUCUGCCGUUGUACAAAGAACCCUUGCCAUACUGACUCAAAAUCCCAGUGGACUUCGUGGGGUGAAUGAGAGUGCUGAUAAAAUAGCUGAGAGAGAGACAUUUUGGUCAACUGUGAAGCCAGCGCAUUUCGGGGUGAAGAUUGGCACCAAAUCAUUGCUAGGCAUCUCGAAAUUUAUCACUGUGGGUGUGUUCAUUGGGCUCUUGGGUAAAUUUUCCUUUGGAAGGUGGCUGCUUCUAAAAUUUCCCUCAGUUUUCAGUCUUGGGGGGUUCAGGAAGCAGGGCCCCACUGAAGCCGAGGUUAGUAAUGCAAGCUUCAAAAUGUGGUUUGUUGGUCACGGCUUUAGUGACAGCAGUACUGCAUCCCUGGAAAACAAAAAACCUGACACUGAAAUAAUCACUACAGUUAUGGGACCAGAGAUUGGUUACGUAACCACCCCAAUUAUUUUGGUUCAGUGUGCUCUUAUUACCCUUAAUCAGAGACAAAAUCUGCCAAAAGGAGGCGUUCUUACCCCUGGAAUUGUUUUUGGACCAACUGAUCUUCAAGAACGGCUUCAACAGAAUGGAAUAUCAUUUAAUCUGAUAUCCAAACGUGCUUUGUCUUUGAUACAUAGGCCUCAAAAUGAAAUUUUAGCCUCCAAUCUUUGAAGAAAUUGGCACCAAUGAUCCAAGCAACGGAAUUGUAUUCAUUUUCGGAGGCUCCGUUUAGUUUGGUUGAAAACAUGCAUGAUGGGAGUAAUUACAUUCAUUUCAACAAAUGUAUUGGUCAAAAUAAUACAUUAAAAACAAAUAACAGAGGAUAACAUCAUUACUCUCCCUUUUUUUUAAGUUCUCGUUUUAUUUAUACUACAAGCUAAGAGACGCACACAAUACGUGCGUGUGCAAUAUAAGUAAAAUACCAAGCUUGAUUUUGUUUUUCCA